AUGGCCAGACCCUGGCAGGUUCCCCAGCUCCUGCUGGCCGUCUUGGUGGCCCUUUUGGCUGUCACUCAACAGUCACGGAGGAAAAGCUUUGUAACUGUCUAUGAAGUUUCCGCAGCGGAGGAGCCCGUGUUGGGGUGCUUGCAGUUCGUUACCAAUGAAUACAACAAGCAGAGUAACGACACGUACAACUUUAGGAUCAUUCGGAUCCUGAGGAUCCUCAAGCAGGUGACGGAUCACUUGGAAUAUCACAUGAACGUGGAAAUGUGGAGGACCACCUGCCUAAAGCUGGACCCCAAGCCCUGUGACUUCCAGGAAGGCGAGCUCUACAAGCACAUUCAGUGCUUCUUCGCCGUGUUUGCUGACCCUUGGAUUGAGAAGUUCAAAAUCCUGAAGCAAAACUGUAGCAGCAUAUGA